GCGCCACGCGCCACGUGAUCACCGGCUGGUGCGCGCCCUGCCGUUCGGUUCCCAGCUGCGUUCUCGGACGCUUCCCUCUUCUCUCCCAGCCUCCGGGCCUCCGCACCGACGCGGCCCGGGCUGGAGCCGAGCCGGAGCCGGAGUUGCAGAGACGCGGAAACAUGGAGGCCUGAGCCUCUGCCACUCGCUCGUCCGUGAGCUGGAAGCGGAUCUCCCUGCCGGCUGAGACAGGUUGUCUUUUGGAAAUGAAGGUUUAAGGGCAAGUUGUCUACCAGAUUAGAAGAUGGGAUCAAACAGCAGCAGAAUUGGUGAUCUUCCUAAAAAUGAGUACUUAAAAAAGUUAUCAGGCACAGAAUCUGUCUCUGAGAAUGACCCGUUCUGGAAUCAGCUUCUCUCAUUUUCUUUCCCUGCACCAACCAGCAGUACUGAUUUGAAGCUCUUGGAGGAGGCAACUAUUUCAGUCUGCAGGUCUUUAGUUGAAAACAAUCCUCGAACAGGAAACCUUGGUGCAUUGAUUAAGGUCUUCCUUUCUAGAACCAAAGAACUAAAACUUUCAGCAGAAUGUCGGAAUCACAUCUUCAUUUGGCAGACAAACAAUGCUUUGUUUAUUAUUUGCUAUUUGCUGAAAGUGUUCAUCUGUGAGAUGUCAGAAGAGGAAUUACAACUUCAUUUUACUUAUGAAGAAAAAUCUGGCAGUUACAGUUCUGACUCAGAAGAUCUUUUGGAAGAAUUAGUCUGCUGUUUGAUGCAGUUAAUCACUGAUAUUCCACUCAUAGACCUUACAUAUGAAAUAUCAGUGGAAGCUAUAUCAACAAUGGUUGUUUUCCUUUCCUGUCAACUAUAUCACAAGGAAGUUUUGCGACAGAGCAUUAGUCACAAGUAUUUGAUGCGAGGUCGAUGUCUUCCAUACACCAGCAAACUUGUGAAAACUUUAUUGUAUAACUUCAUCAGACAAGAAAAGCCACCUCCCCCAGGCGCCCACGUUUUCCCUCAGCAGUCGGAUGGGGGAGGACUGCUGUAUGGACUUGCAUCAGGCGUAGCAACUGGACUCUGGACUGUCUUCACCCUGGGCGGCGUGGGAAGCAAAGCGGCCAACACGCCGGCACUUUCUUCCCCUCUGGCCAACCAGAGUCUCCUGCUCCUGCUGGUGCUGGCCAACCUGACAGAUGCUGCAGAUGCCCCAAACCCCUACCGACAGGCCAUCAUAUCCUUCAAGAACACACAAGAUAACAGUCCUUUCCCCUCGUCAAUUCCACAUGCUUUCCAGAUUAAUUUUAACAGUUUGUACACGACUCUGUGUGAGCAGCAGACGUCUGAUCAGGCAACUCUCCUAUUGUAUACAUUGCUCCAUCAGAAUAGUAAUAUUAGAACGUACAUGUUGGCUCGCACAGAUAUGGAAAAUCUUGUUUUACCAAUUCUUGAGAUUCUGUAUCAUGUUGAAGAAAGAAACUCACACCACGUGUAUAUGGCGCUUAUAAUAUUGUUGAUCCUUACAGAAGAUGAUGGCUUCAAUAGGUCCAUUCACGAAGUGAUAUUAAAAAAUAUUACUUGGUAUUCAGAACGGGUUUUAACAGAAAUUUCACUGGGGAGUCUCCUAAUACUGGUCGUAAUAAGAACCAUUCAGUACAACAUGACAAGGACAAGAGACAAGUACCUUCACACAAAUUGUUUGGCAGCUUUAGCAAAUAUGUCAGCCCAGUUCCGUUCUCUCCAUCAGUAUGCUGCCCAGAGGAUCAUCAGUUAUACCUGCCGCCACUUGCGGAGAUAUGUUUAUGUGUUGGACAAACUGUAUUUCCCCCACUCUCACUGUUCUACGCUUCAGCAUUGCUUCUCGAGCCUCAGUGACAAUGGAGAGGAACUCUUGUCUUUAACUUGCUCUCACAUUCUCAGAGCCUAUGCUUCCAGUUUGUUUUCCUUGCUGUCUAAAAAACACAACAAAGUUCUGGAACAAGCUACACAGUCCUUGAGAGGUUCGCUAAGUUCCAAUGAUGUUCCUCUACCAGAUUAUGCACAAGACCUAAAUGUCAUCGAGGAAGUGAUUCGAAUGAUGUUAGAGAUCAUCAAUUCCUGCCUGGCAACUUCUCUUCACCACAACCCAAACCUGGUGUACGCACUGCUUUACAAACGAGAUCUCUUUGAGCAAUUCCGAACUCAUCCUUCAUUUCAGGAUAUAAUGCAAAAUAUUGAUCUGGUGAUCACCUUCUUCAGCUCCAGGUUGCUACAGGCUGGAGCUGAGCUCUCGGUGGAAUGGGUCCUGGAAAUCAUGAAGCAAGGAAUUGUUGCUCUGCCCAAAGACAGGCUGAAGAAGUUUCCGGAAUUGAAAUUCAAGUAUGUGGAAGAGGAGCAGCCCGAGGAGUUCUUCAUCCCCUACGUCUGGUCCCUGGUGUACAGCUCGGCCACCGGCCUGUACUGGAGCCCGCAGGACAUCCAGCUGUUCACGAUGGACUCCGACUGAGGGCAGCCCCGCCCGCCCCACCACCAAGCACCUUCUCGUGUUUUUUUUCUGGCGAACAGACCUGGGAGAUGGCCUGGUGUGUCUCCUGUUAGGAUCAGGAAACAGGCGUGUUUCCCUUGCACACUCGGAUGUGGAGCAUCGGUGCCAGUUGGCAGUAGAUCACUCGGCUUCGAUUAUAGUACAAAGGGGGGGGGCACAACAAUAAUAAAUAUCCAACCUGCUGUCCCACAUGCAAUUUUAUUUAUUUCUAAACCAGAACCAAGAGCUUUCCCAGGAACCCGCCGCCUUAGGCACAUGAUACUUCCCCAGGACAUUCUAUUUUUUUGCAUGUUCAAGGUUUUUGUUUUAGUCGCGUGUGUAUGUAUAUGUGUGUUUCUUUCAACACUGAGAAAUACCAAUCUGAAAAGAUGACGAGACAGGAAUUAAUGAGGAAAUGAAGUCGUCUGUGUGGUGAUUUAAUAAACACGGUGCCCGGGCAGUUGGCUAAGCCUUUAGAUCCCCUGCAUCUUUCCCUCAAAAAAGGAAAUGGCUCCGCCUCAUGAAGCCCAGCUCGGCUUUUCUGUGGAUUUGGCCUCUGUGCUGUGGCUGAAUUAAAUUGGAGUCUAGUACAAAUUAAGUUAAUCCACUCUGUAUUAAUCAUUAGGAAAAGAAAGCUUCAUUUCAAAAGCAAUCUUUUUUCUUCAGCCAGACUCAUGGGAGAAAAAGGAGACCAAUUUGAUUAAUACAGUAUCCACAGGAGAUGAAAAACACGUUUUUCUCUUUGUUUCUGACGUGGUUUAAACUCGUUGGGGCCUAGAUGACCGCGCUGGGUCCCUGAGCUGGAGGAAGGCGCUUCUCCGAGGGAGCCGGCAGCGGCCCUCAGCCCAGCAGGCACUGAAGGCGUGGGCGUCCCGGCGAGCCCGCUCCACGUCCCGUCGCCCCUGCACAGUCUGGAUGAGAAGCAGUUUCCUGCACGAAGACAAAAGCACAUAAUUCCACGGGAGCCUGAGCAUCCGCUGCAGCCUGCCUCCGGCCCUCUCAGGAACCAGCUUCUGUCCCCAGGUCCCCGGCGGGUGCCUAGCCCAUCACAGUCUCGGAAAAGGACACGUCAUGCACGUCGGCGUGUCCCCCGGGAAAGGCCUGGGCUGCUCCAUCUUCCAGGCCUUUGAGGUCGGCUGGGCAGUUUUAUCCUCGCCCAGACCAGCGCUGAAACCAAAGCUCCCACGUGGGGAAAGGACGGAUAGCUUUAAUUUGUUUCUGAAGCAUUUGAUUUGCUUCCAUGAAACCAAAACACAAAAUUUUCAGAGGGUCACGUAGGGUAGCUGAGUCUCUGGUGGGACCUGAGAAGUGUCCUCAGGGCUGAGGGCUGGGCAGUGCCGCGGGACAGCCAGUGGGCUGCAGGGCCGUCAGCUCUUGUGACCAGAGGAGCCCCAGUCUCCCCCGGCCGCCUGGCUCACCGAGGUGCCCCCAGAGCCCCGUCUCCUCUCCUCCCCCUGCUCCUCUCAUCACCGCACAGCGGAAGUGCCCACUGGCCUGAAAGCCCAGCGGGGCUGCGGCCACAGAGGCAGCGUGUGCGUGCCCAUCCCUGAUGCCGCUGCACAAACCCGCCAGGAGCUGCUUGCUUUUGUGAAAGAUUCAUUACAUGACAAUAAAUUUAAAUGACAUCAUUGAA